AUGGCAGUUAGCAGGGCACAGGCCGGCAGUGAGUCGGCAAUCGACGGUUCCGUUCGGUGCGGCUACGAGGUUGUCAUUGUAUUGCUUGAAGAUAUGCUUUUGAACCAAGCACAUAAUAUUAGAGAAAUGUUACAGGAAAAGCUCGAGCAACUUCCUGAAGUUGAGCGUGCUUUCGUUCACAUAGACUUCGAGUUUACUCACAGACCAGAAAGAAGAAGAAGAAAGAAAGUAGUGGGAGGAGAUGAAGAAAAAACCGGAAAAAAAAAAGGGACAGAUACAGAAUCAUCACCACCACCGGCCACCAGGAAGAAGAGGGUGGCAGCUGACAAAGACGGCGGUGAUCAACUAAAUAAAGAAAGUGGUGGUGAUGAUUUGGAUCAUGAGAUUCAUACGUGGACUGAAAGAGAGAGGAGGAAGAAGAUGAGGGACAUGUUCGCAAAUCUUCAAGCUUUUCUUCCUCCUAAGACAGACAAGUCCACCAUUGUCGACGAAGCUGUAAACCACAUUAGGAUGCUACCAAAAACUAUUGAGAAACUCGAGAAACAGAAGCACGAGGAACUCGCAACAAAGCCGGGGGAGACAGUUUUAGCCGAUGAAGGAUCUUCCAAGAAUAACUUGCCUCCAUUAAUGCCUCAAACUCAUUUUCAUUCUCACAGAUUCCCGUCUUUUUUCAGACAUGGUCUUCUCUUAAUAUGAGCCUAAACAUAUGAGGACAAGAUGCCCAAAUCAGCAUUUGUUGUCUGAAGAAGGCCGGGCUUUUCACUGCCAUUUACUAUGUUUUGGAGAAGCAUAAAAUUGAAGUGGUUUCUGCUCAAGUUUUAUCCGAUCAUCAUAGAAGCAUGUACAUGA